AAGACCUUUCAGUGAACUGGAAACCAAGGAACGGACUAACGAAGGGCAACUUCACUCAUUCACUUAUAAAUUAAUCCCAGGAAGGGGGUAGUUACUGGUGAGCUAUGGAGUUUGAGGUGCGAGUGGUAGGGGGAAUUGAGAGCUGCUUCGUUUCACUUCCUCUUCCACUGAUUCAAACCCUUCAGUCCCGUUACCUCCCUCCGAUUCUCGCAAUCGAACUCCGCUCCUCCGAGGGACGCCUCUGGCACGUGUCCUGGUGCGGCUCCGUUUCCUCUUCCCCUUCAUCCAUUGAGAUUGCUCGCCAAUAUGCGGGGUGUAUCGGAUUGAGUGAUGGCAUGGGGGUCCGGGUGCGGGUGGUGAGCAACUUGCCCAAGGCUACACUGGUGACCAUAGAGCCACUUACGGAGGACGAUUGGGAGAUUCUGGAACUUAAUUCGGAGCUUGCUGAAAAUGCUAUUCUGAAGCAGGUUGGAAUCGUUCACGAAGAUAUGAGAUUUCCAUUGUGGUUGCAUGGACAAACCGUUGUCAUGUUUCUUGUCACGUCAACCUUUCCACAAGAACCAGUAGUCCAACUUGUACCCGGAACAGAAGUUGCAGUUGCUCCGAAAACUCGUAGAACUUCAUCAAUCCAGCCUCCUGAGCCGGAACAUGCAAUGACUAAAGUAUUACUUCGCGUUCAGGAUUCAGACAGUAGAUUCAUCUGUAAGCACGAUGUUAAUGGUGUCAAUGUGGAUAUCUUGUUUACUUCUGGAAUUUUCAUCCAUCCGGAAACAGCCAAAAAUUAUUCAUUGAGUUCUCUUCAAUUUGUGGUGAUAUCUCCUCGAGUACUCUCCAAAAAGAGCAACAAGAAUCCACAUUCUAAAACGAGUGCAACCGAAAAAGAAUCCAACAAUGGAAAUCUUUCCAAUGAAAAGGGUUUCCAUGAAGUUCUUUUUCGUAUAUUGUUGUCCGAGUCUGUGGCAAAAGGACAUGUAAUGCUAUCUCAGUCGCUCCGCCUCUAUUUGGGUGCAGGACUUCACUCAUGGGUAUAUUUGAAAAGGUGCAAAAUUAUAAUUAAAAAAGACAUCCCUCUUGUUUCAAUUGCUCCUUCCCAUUUCAAAAUUUUUAAAAAAGAUGACGUUGACAAGAGCAGUCUAGAUAUUGUAAACAACCACGAGAACCAUUUACAAAAAGAUGAGCUACGGAGAAGCAGUUCCAAUGCUGAAAUGGGUAUCAGGGACUGGUCAAUGCACGAGAAGAUUGUUAAAGUUUUUUCUUCUUUAACCUCCUUUGCUGGAGCGGAAGAAACAACUACUACAAUUGGAAAAACAAAUACUGAAAAUGGCUUUGUAAGUGGUAUAUCUACUCUUUUACGUGCAUGGUGCUUUGCUCAGCUCAAUACUGUUGCUUCAAAUGCAGCAGAUGUCAGUUCACUGGUUAUUGGAAGCAAAUCGUUACUUCAUCUAAAAGUAAAAAACCACAAUUUACCAAGACAUGGAAUGGUGCACACACUUGGUGACAAGUUUCCCAGAUGCAGAAAUUCAGCUGACGAAACGUCAGUUGAUCUCUUCUAUGUCUUGUCUCUUUCGGAGGAUUCUGUGCAUGGUGAAGACAUCAAUGCAUAUGAACUUGCAUUUGAGAAAGGUGGUCGGGACAACUAUAGCUCAAGAAGCUUAGAUAUGUUGCUGGGAAAGCUUAAAUUGGAUGAUAAUCUAUCCUUUCAUGCUGCCAAUGAGAUUUCUCCUCAAAACAUACAGAGUGCUUCAAUUACUUCAUUAGAUUGGAUGGGUGCAGCUCCUGUUGAUGUAAUUUAUAGGUUGAGAACUUUAUUAUCACAUGCUUCUGGGAUGUUACUUAGUAGUUAUAAUCUUCCAUUGCCUGGGCAUAUCCUAAUCUAUGGACCUCCAGGUUCUGGGAAAACAUUAUUGGCCAAAUUCUCGGCAAAAUCUAUGGAAGGAUGUCUAGAUAUUCUGGCACAUAUAGUUUUCAUAUCUUGUUCUAAACUUGUUUUGGAGAAACCUUCAACAAUCCGUCUAUCACUUUCCAACUACAUUUCUGAAGCUUUAGUUCAUGCGCCAUCUGUCGUCAUCUUGGAUGAUUUUGAUAGCAUCAUUGCACCUUCCUCGGACAUGGAGAGAUCUCAACAUUCAUCCUCUUCUGCAGCGCUAAUUGAGUUUCUUGCUGAUAUAUUAGAUGAAUAUGAGGAAAAUUGCAGGAAGAUCUGUGGAAUUGGUCCCAUAGCAUUUAUUGCUACAGCACAAUCGCUGGCUAACUUUCCACAGAUCUUGAGCUCUUCAGGGAGAUUUGAUUUUCAUGUCAAGCUGCAUGUGCCUGCUGCUGCUGAACGUUCUGCUAUACUAAAACAUGAGAUCAAGAAGAGAUCCUUACAGUGCUCUGAUGACCUUUGUUUGGAUAUAGCAUCCAAAUGUGAUGGAUAUGAUGCUUAUGAUCUGGAAAUAUUGGUUGACAGAUCAGUGCAUGCUGCCAUUGGUCGUUUACUGUCUGAUGAAUUAGCCUCUGGAGAAGAUGCAAAACAUACUUUGGUUAGGGGUGAUUUUGUGCAAGCAAUGCAAAAUUUCCUUCCAGUGGCUAUGCGCGACAUCACUAAACCAGCCACUGAAGGCGGUCGCUCUGGUUGGGAGGAUGUUGGAGGUCUUAAUGACAUUCAAAAUGCUAUUAAAGAGAUGAUUGAGCUACCUUCGAAGUUUCCAAAUCUCUUUGCACAUGCUCCACUAAGAAUGCGAUCCAAUAUUCUCUUAUAUGGCCCCCCUGGUUGUGGCAAAACACAUAUUGUUGGUGCCACUGCUGCAGCCUGUUCACUACGGUUCAUCUCUGUGAAAGGGCCUGAGUUGCUUAACAAAUAUAUUGGUGCUUCUGAACAAGCUGUCAGAGAUAUUUUCAGUAAGGCGGCAGCAGCAUCCCCAUGCAUUCUCUUCUUUGAUGAAUUUGAUUCGAUCGCUCCAAAGAGAGGGCAUGAUAACACUGGAGUGACAGAUAGAGUGGUCAAUCAAUUUCUGACAGAGUUAGAUGGUGUUGAAGUUUUGACCGGUGUGUUUGUUUUUGCGGCUACUAGUCGACCGGAUUUGCUGGAUGCUGCACUUCUACGACCCGGUAGACUAGACCGACUCUUAUUUUGUGAUUUCCCAUCACCAGGGGAAAGGUUGGAUAUUCUUAGAGUCCUUUCUAGAAAGCUGCCAAUGGCCAGCGAUGUAGACUUGGAAGCCAUAGCUUAUAUGACUGAAGGCUUCAGUGGAGCUGACCUUCAAGCGCUUCUUUCAGAUACACAGCUUGAAGCAGUUCACGCGCUUCUGGAAAGCGAAGAUGGCGGCGUAAUUGGAAUGGCACCUGUUAUCACAGAUGUUCUUUUGAAAUCAGUUGCGGCUAAGGCUAAACCAUCAGUACCAGAGGCUGAGAAGCAGAGGCUGUAUGAUAUUUAUAACCAGUUUCUUGAUUCAAAAAGAUCUGCUGCUGCACAGUCGAGAGAUGGAAAAGGCAAAAGAGCAACCCUAGCGUAGUCGACAGAGCCAUGUUAUGUAUUUUUCGCUUGAUCGAUCCAAAGCCGGAUUUCUUAUCAAUUCAAGUGUUUUUUUUUUACAAACAAACAUAGUUUUACGAAUAUAUACUCUCAAUUUGUUAUGCUCAAUUUGAUGAGAUUAAUAAAAUAAAAUUAUGUUGAAAUU